AUGGCGCUGCGCGCUGCUCCCCGGCAUGCCCGGUGGCUGGCGCGCGCGCUCCUGGCGCCGGGGGCGGCCCGCGCAGCCCCGCUCGCAGCGCGCGUCUCGGCUCUGCCGCUGCCGGGCCCCCUCCCCGCGCUCCCCGCCGCGCGUUUCGCCAGCAGCGGGCCGCAGGGGACCGAAGGAGGGGGGCCGCAGCGGCGGGUGGUGGUGGUGCGCAUCACCAACCCCCUGGCGUGGCUCCGCACCCGCUUCUAUUACCUGCUCAUCCGCCUCUACUUCGACUCGGAGUUCAGCAUCGAAGAGUUCACGCGCGGCGCCAAGCAGGCCUUUUCCGUUGUUUCACAGCUGCUGUCUCAGCGUAAACUUGACCUGCUGGACGGCCUGGUUUCAGCAGAGGUACUUCAGAUGUUGAAGGAAAAGAUUUCUUCACUCUCUGAGAACCAUAGGGAUGCUUUAGCAGCUGACAUGGAUGCAAUCAUGUACACAACAGAAGGAGAUGUUCGCAUUUACUAUGAUGAUGAUGGAAGAAAGUUUGUUAGUAUCCUGAUGCGUUUUUGGUAUCUGAAUGGUGCUAACCUACCUGAUGAAGUACCAGGUGAAACCAAAGUCUUUCAGAUUGUGUUUGGAGACGAAAGCACAAAGGAAAAAAGACAUAUUUUAACAGCAAACUAUGAGUUCCAAAGGGAAUUUACAGAAGGAGCAAAACCAGACUGGACAAUUACACGAAUUGAACAUCCAAAGCUAUUAGAAUAAAUGCCUUCUGCAGAAUCUUUACAUUGUAAAUGUUCUGUUGUUACAAAUAUCAGACAUUUUAGCCUAUUUUUUUUUCUUCUUUUCCAAAAGGAGGGAAGAACUUUGUAUGUUUGAUUUACCCAAAAUUGUUUCUGAAGUUUAUGCUAUGCUGAAACUUUGCAAUAAAGCCUUUUCCAUGGAA